AUGUGUGAAUUAUUGAGACAAUGUAAAUGGAGUCAGUUGAUAGAAACGUGUCGUGGAAUGUCAUCACUUCCCAUUCCAUUGUCAUUUGAAAAAUUUGGUGGCCAAGCAAAGAUCGAAUGCGAAGUGUCACCAGUCGUCAUUUUACAUGGAUUAUUUGGACAGAAAACGAAUUGGAGAUCAAUUGCAAGUAAUUUGAGUCGUCUUUUAAGAACUGUUAUAUUUACAUUGGACCUACGGAAUCAUGGUAAUUCCCCAUGGCAUCCUACAAUGACCUAUGCUGAGAUGGCAAAUGACGUACAGUAUUUUAUCGACGAAAUAAUACCGCAACAAAUAGGAAGUUUUUCAAAAGUUCAUCUUCUUGGACAUUCAAUGGGUGGAAAAACAGCAAUGCGUGUUGCUUUGAUGAAAGGUAGCGACGUACGACUGGAAUCGUUGAUUGUAGAAGAUAUAGCUCCAAAGGCAUACAAUUUUUCAACUUUUUCGAGAAUCAUUAGAGUUAUGAAAUCUAUCGAUUUGACUUCUGGUCGUGCUGGAAUUGAACAAGAAUUGGCAUUAACAGUUGCCGAUAAAACGACGCGACUGUUCUUGUUGACGAAUUUGGUACUCACAGAUCAGCACACAUAUAGCUGGCGAUUAAAUUUAGAUUCCAUUGCAUAUCACAUUGAAGAAAUUUGUGGUAGCGCUGGUAUAGAGAAUAAGAGUGCAUAUAAUGGAAGGUGUUUGUUUGUUUCAGGCGGAGUUUCAAAUUAUGUCAUGCCUAGUGAUCAUGCUUUAAUUUUGAAACAUUUUCCGAAUACACAAUUUUCGGUGAUUCCUAAUGCAUCACACUGGGUUCAUGCCGAAAAACCCCAUGAAUUUACCGAUAUUAUUACUAAGUUUAUUCUUUCUGUUGGAAGCACAAAAGAGAGGUCUCAAAGAAAUUGA